AUGGCGAUCGGCACCGACGGCGGCGCCGGCGUCUGCAGCGGAGGCGGAGAGAAGAGGAAGAGGGUGGAUGAGCUUGGGGACCGAUGCGAAGCGGUGGAUCGCAUCUCCGCGCUGCCGAACGAGCUGCGGCAGCACAUCCUGACGCACCUCCCCCUCAAGGACGCCAUUCGCAUGGGGGCGCUCGCGCGCGGGUGGCGCGACCUGUGGAAGGACCGGUGGGCGUACCCCGCCUCUGUCGAGGUCCAACUCCGCUCCCGCGACGCCCUACUGAGGGAGCUCGACGCGCUGGCUCGCGAGCCGGGCCCGCGUCGCCGCCUCGACCGCUUCUCCCUCGUCGUCGAGACCAGCAAGCUCAAGUCCUCGGAGCUCCGACGCUUUACCGAAUACGCCGCCGAGUGCCGCGUCGAGGACCUCCACAUCGAGAUCCCAAGCUUCAUCACUCUCGACCUGUGCGGCUGCCAUUGUGACUUGAAGAGACGCUGGACCAUCAUGCAUUGGAACCUGAGGAGAGUCACCAUCGUGGAUGGCGACUUCCUCGAGAUGCCGUUCUUCGUUCAAAGCCACACCGCGCUUGCUGAUCUUUCUAUUCGGUUUACUCACCCAGUAAAAGAGGUUAACCAUAAGUUGAAAUAUUGUUAUUUCCCAAAGGAUUAUCCGGCCUCAACUUCCUCACCGUAUGUUGCAAUGCCCUCCCGCUUUUCUCUUCGUUGCCAAAUAUUCGACCAAGUGCCCCAAGGCCCAGUCUCAAUACAUGGUUUGAAAGAGCUACAGCUACUCAUGCUAGAAAUGGAAACUGUUAACCUUGCUGGCCUCUAUGUGUUCCUCAAGGCCUGCCAAUGUCCUAAUCUGGAGAGGCUCUUUGUGCAGCUCCCGACAUUUAAAUAUUUGCCCAAGAAAGGUUCUGUUGAUGAGGUGAGGGAAGAGCCACCGCAGGACGUUGUGAUGGUAAAGGUCACGAACUUCAAUUGGUGCUGCAUUGAGGUGCAGCUAGUCAGUUUUCUAUUGAGGAAAGCUAGCUCCCUGUAG